AUGGCAUCAAGAUUUCCAAAGUUCAGCCAAGGCUUGGCCCAGGACCCAACUACUCGUCGUAUUUGGUUUGGUAUUGCUACUGCACAUGACUUUGAGAGUCAUGAUGAUAUUACCGAAGAGCGUCUUUAUCAAAAGAUUUUUGCUUCUCACUUUGGUCAGUUAGCUAUAAUCUUUCUGUGGACCUCUGGUAAUUUGUUCCACGUAGCUUGGCAAGGCAAUUUCGAAGCAUGGGUCCGCGACCCCUUACAUGUAAGACCUAUUGCUCAUGCAAUUUGGGAUCCUCAUUUUGGUCAACCGGCCGUAGAAGCCUUUACCCGAGGAGGUGCCCCCGGUCCGGUCAAUAUUGCUUAUUCCGGUGUUUAUCAGUGGUGGUAUACAAUUGGCUUACGCACUAAUGAAGAUCUUUAUACUGGAGCUCUUUUCUUGCUAUUUCUUUCUGCUCUCUUUUUAACAGCGGGUUGGUUGCAUCUACAACCUCAAUGGAAACCAAGUGUUUCAUGGUUUAAAAAUGCCGAAUCUCGUCUCAAUCAUCAUUUGUCAGGGCUUUUCGGAGUCAGUUCUUUGGCUUGGACGGGGCAUUUAGUUCAUGUCGCUAUUCCUGAAUCAAGAGGAGAACACAUAAGAUGGGAUAAUUUUUUAGAUGUAUUACCGCAUCCCGAAGGGCUGGAACCACUUUUUACAGGUCAGUGGAAUCUUUAUGCUCAAAAUCCUGAUUCCAGUAGUCAUUUAUUUGGUACUACUAAAGGGGCGGGAACUGCUAUUCUAACUCUUCUCGGGGGAUUUCACCCACAAACACAAAGUUUGUGGCUAACUGAUAUCGCGCAUCAUCAUUUAGCUAUUGCAUUUGUGUUUUUCAUUGCUGGCCAUAUGUAUAGAACCAACUUUGGGAUUGGACACAGUAUAAAAGAUAUUUUAGAAGCACAUGUUCCUCCGAAAGGCUUAUUAGGACGCGGGCAUAAGGGUCUUUACAACACAAUCAAUAAUUCUCUUCACUUUCAAUUAGGUCUUGCUCUAGCUUCUUUGGGAGUUGUUACUUCCUUGGUAGCUCAACACAUGUAUUCUUUACCUGCCUAUGCAUUCAUAGCGCAAGAUUUUACUACCCAAGCUGCAUUGUAUACUCAUCAUCAAUACAUUGCCGGAUUCAUUAUGACAGGGGCAUUUGCUCAUGGAGCUAUAUUUCUCAUUAGAGAUUAUAAUCCAGAACAGAAUAAGGAUAAUGUAUUGGCGAGAAUGUUGGAGCAUAAGGAAGCCAUAAUCUCUCAUUUGAGUUGGGUUAGUUUAUUCCUAGGUUUUCAUACCUUGGGACUUUAUGUUCAUAACGAUGUUAUGCUCGCUUUUGGUACUCCAGAAAAGCAAAUCUUGAUUGAACCCAUAUUUGCUCAAUGGAUACAAUCUGCUCAUGGUAAGACCUUAUAUGGUUUUGAUGUACUCUUAUCUUCAGCAAAUGAUCCAGCAUUCAAUGCUGGCAAAAGCUUAUGGUUACCCGGUUGGUUGAGUGCUAUUAACGAUAAUAAAAAUUCACUGUUCUUAACAAUUGGUCCCGGAGACUUUUUGGUUCAUCAUGCUAUUGCUCUAGGUUUGCAUACAACUACAUUGAUUUUAGUAAAAGGUGCUUUAGAUGCGCGCGGUUCUAAGCUAAUGCCUGAUAAGAAAGAUUUUGGUUAUAGUUUUCCUUGCGAUGGUCCGGGACGGGGCGGUACUUGCGAUAUUUCGGCCUGGGAUGCUUUUUAUUUAGCAGUUUUCUGGAUGUUGAAUACCAUUGGAUGGGUUACUUUCUAUUGGCAUUGGAAGCAUAUUACCUUAUGGCAGGGAAAUGUAGCUCAAUUUAAUGAGUCUUCCACUUAUUUAAUGGGAUGGUUAAGAGAUUAUCUUUGGUUAAAUUCUUCACAACUAAUUAAUGGAUACAAUCCUUUUGGUAUGAACAGUUUAUCUGUAUGGGCGUGGAUGUUCUUAUUUGGGCAUCUUGUUUGGGCUACUGGAUUUAUGUUUCUUAUUUCUUGGCGUGGAUAUUGGCAAGAACUGAUUGAAACUCUUGCAUGGGCUCAUGAACGCACACCUUUGGCUAAUUUAGUUCGAUGGAGGGAUAAGCCGGUAGCUCUUUCCAUUGUUCAAGCGCGAUUAGUUGGAUUAGCUCACUUUUCUGUAGGCUAUAUAUUCACCUAUGCAGCUUUCUUAAUCGCCUCUACAUCAGGCAAAUUCGGUUAAUUCUUUUUCAUUUUAUUCUAAUAUUUAGAUUUUCUAUCUAAUCUCUAUGCAUAAAAAGAAAGAGUAAUCCACGUAAUACUUCUCCAUCUCAAAUUUGAUCUAUAUUAUUUAUAUAAACUAGCUGAAUCAUUAUGGCAAGAAAAAGUCUCAUUCAAAGAGAGAAAAAGAAACAAAGAUUGGAAAGGAAAUAUAAUUUGCUUCGCCAAUCUUUGAAAAAAGAGAUGAGCGAAGUCUCAUCACUGGAUGAUAAAUUGGAUAUUUAUAGAAAA